CAGUUAAGCCACGCGAGUGUUGGACGCUAAAUUCAUACGUUUUUUGUUUUGUUUUGUUUUUUUUUUUAAUAAUUUUUGUAUCUAUCAAAAAUUGAAUUAUUAUUAACACUUCGUUUCGGUAUUUUGAUUUAAUAUCGCAGCUCAUACUUAUCUUAAAGCUUUCACUUAGACCAAAAUGUUUAUAUGAACUGCAAUCUUAAAUAGCUUCAAUUUGACCUUCAGUUAAAUGUGUAUCUGAAUUAACAACAAAAAGUACUCGUAUAUCCAUAAAAAUAAUAACAUCAAAACAAAGCUCGAAGCUUGAAAAUACCAAAAAUAAAAACACCAUGGAUAACGCUUGGACGCUUCGCAUUAUGUUAUUCGCUGCAUUGGCCUUGGUAAUUUUCGGUGACUUCUUCGGCUAUGGCAGCAUAAGGGGAGUCAAGUCUGCCUCAAAUCAAGGAUCCUCCUCAAAAUUUCAACAGAAACAAACUGAAUUCGAAUUAACUGAUGACGAGCAAUCAGAUUUGCAGGAUCUUUCACCAGCUGAAUUCAAAAAGCAACGACUUCUAGCAAAAUCGCAACUCACAGACGCUAUUAGAGACUCUUGUUUACCAAAGAUGCUGUGCGAAAUGGCCUCUAAGCCAGAAUAUGUUCUCUCAGAAAAAGAAAAGGACUUGCUUCAUAUGAUUCGCUCAUCAACUAUGUCAUUAGCUAUGAAUAGUCCACCAAGUAAAUGGCACUUUGCAGCUCACAUGGGUGAAUUACUUAAACACACUGCCGCUGACAAUUUAAGCGGACCAAUGGGAUGUGCGAAUCUUUGGCCACACUGUCCAAUAAGUUCGAAAAAACUUAUGAAACUUUCUUAUAAAGUUAAUUUAAAAUAAAAAUCACCAAAUUUUAUAUUUAUCUAUUAAGGAAAACAUAAUAUUUAUUUAAUAAUUGUGAUUUACUUGAAAUUUUGUAAAUAUUGUACUAAAACAAAAAUUUUAUAGUGAUAAUGACUGAAUUUGUAUAUAGUUUAUAAGAAUUAUUUGCUAGUCUUUUGUUGAAAAAAUAAUAAAAUUAUAUAAAAUGUGUUGCUAAUAUGUAAAGUAUAUUUUUAGGAUUAAAAGUUUUUAUUAAUUUAAAUUUUCUUGU